GGCUCUAUGCUCCAUUACAUUUAUAACUUUAACCUUUUUUGACUUGUUUGGCGAAGAUGGUCCAGAACGUUGUUGACUCGCCGGAGGAUGGGCUAUCCGCCGAGUUUUUUUCCAAAGAUGGAAUCUUCUCUCUCGAGCCGUUCCAACUUUUCAAACCAACGUCUCUGAUAACUAAUGCCCAGGUGGCAGGAAACCACAUCAUUGCAGCUACUGUAAAGAACUCACUGCUGCGUAUCUCCCCAGGUUCUCCUCCGAAGGUUUCAGAGAUCGAAAUCAGUCGUGCCUCAGAUGACCGGGUGCACAAUCUAUUUCUCGAUCACAUGGGCUGGCAUGCUAUCAUCAGCAUGCAGUCAGGGACGAAUUUCUAUGUCAACCGAAGUUUAAAGAAAGUACGCCCGUUGGCCAAGGCCAAAGAUAUGCUCCUCGAUUCGGUGGCUUGGAACAAACACAACAAAAGCGAAUCGUCUACGCAAGAAAUCCUCAUUGGAACAAAUGAUGGGCUGAUUUUUGAAACCGUCCUACUGAGCGAUGAGGGACGGUUUAUCUCCAAUGCGCCGGAGCAGUAUUGGAGACAGGUCACCAACCUUGGGCACAGCGUUACCGGAUUGGAGAUCAUUCGUCACCCACCUGGCUCUGCGUCCGUUUUGGUGGGCGAACCUCAGAGGUGCGUUGUGUUGGCUACAACACCCAGUCGUAUGUAUCAGUUUGCCGGAUGGAUUAACUCCAACUCCACACCCGGUCUGUUGUCCCACCUAACUCAAGGGAGUCCCCCUCAGACUACCGCCAUGAAUCCACCUUUGAAUAUAUCAGCGACCAACGCCGACACUUUUCCACCCGCUGGCCCCGGACCUGUUUCAGGCUUGUUUCCGAACGCUCCAGUGGGCAUCUAUCAUGGUGUUUUUAAUCAGGAUGACAAGCUUCCUGUUGGUUGCAAGGUGACUGAAUUUCCCCAAAGUUUUGGCUACAGCGAUCUCAAACUCUACCAACCUUCUGAUGCUGAGCUUCCCACUAAAUUUGCCUGGAUGACAGGCCCUGGGAUCUAUUUUGGUCACCUUGAUGUCAAACAGAUGAAUUUGCCUCCAUUCACCACAAUUGCUGCUCUCACGCAGUCCGGCAGUCCAAUAGCUCACAAAACUACCACUUCGGAUCAGCAUUCUGAUCGAUCGGCAGCCGACGACGACAUUUCACAACCGUCCGACGUGUUCGCCGGACGCGUGGUUAGCUUGACGCGUAACACCAAACUGAUCCCGUAUCCAGUGAUACGAAUGCUUGAGCACACCAGCGCACCUUUGGGCGUGUGUUUGACCGCGUUUCACCUCAUCAUUGCCUACGCGGACCGCGUCAAGGCGGUCAACAUUUUAGACGACCGGACUGUCUAUUCUAUGCCCGUGAGUGCGGAGUUAAACAAUGCCAGCGCAUUGGGAAUUUGUCGCGAUUCCUUGUCCGGCCACAUUUGGCUCUUUGGCAAUCAGGGUAUGGCUCGUUUAAACGUUCGCAAUGAAUUGUCCCGAGUGUGGCAAAUUUAUUUGGAACGAAAGCAGUUUGACGAGGCGCGCAAAUUCUGCCAGACAGAAUCUCAGUUGGAUGUCGUCAACACGCGUGAGGCGGAAUAUUGUUUUGAGAAGGGAGAUUUUAUGAAUUCGGCGAAAUUAUUCGCCAAAACAUCUGCGCCGUUCGAGGAAGUGGCUCUGCGUUUCAGCCGAUUGUCACUGCUACAGCAUGCUCCUCGUUCCGACUCGCCUCUGAUCUCCACGGGAUUGGCCGUCCGAGACGACCACGAUCUCAUGGACGCUCUCAUCGAAGACGUGGCCAAGUCAUACCCUUUUGCUUCGGCAGGGCCCGCUUUAGAAUUUGAGGCCACGUGUGGCCCACUGAAAGCUUUAGUCUCCACCAAAUUGGAAUGUUUGUAUUCGCGUAAACCCUCCCCAGCAUCCGACGGUGGAGCUCUUCAUGCUCCUUCCCUUGGAGGAACAGCUCUCCCUGAUUCUGCAGUUUCGGGUCAGAUAGCUUUGUUAACACUUUGGAUGUCCGAAUUACUUUUGAACGAAAUAGGCUUUUUAAGAGAUCGUCUGUCGAAGAGAGUGUCUGCUGACGAUCAGGCCCGGUUGGAGACGGUCCAGCACGAAUUUCGGACUCUUCUAUCUCAACCAGAUUCUCUGAAAGUUCUCCCGAAUAUCGUACCACUUCUGUAUGAACUAAUCGACAAUCACGCCAAUAAUGAAGAAUUGGUUUUUGUAGCGGAGUUGACGAGAGAUUAUGAAAGGCUCGUGGACCACUACGUUAAGCUCAGUCUGCACAAAGAGGCAUUGGCGACCCUUGCUAGUGGUGAGUGCAUUUCUCGAGUGUACGAGCACGCGCUCACAUUGGCUCUUAGCUGCCCAGAAGACACAGUGAACACUUGGAUUCGAUUGGGAAGACGUUUGGAUCCAGCAAUUCUGCUGUCUGCUAUCAUGGUGCUACCACCUGAGCAAUCGAUGAGGUACCUUCGCUACGUGGUGGAACGCCUCCACUGUACUGAUCGUGCAAUCCACCAUCUACUUGUAUCGCUCUGUGCCGAGGCUUCCACCAAGAUACCACAUGACGAAUCCGCUGAUUGUCUCAUGUCCUACUUGGAAUUGACCAGUGCGAAAGCCAUAGCUUUGGCCGAAUUCGAGGGCCGUUCACAGCUGAAGCUUGAUGAACCUGAAGUCACUGCACACAAGGAUGCGCCAUUUGAUGGUGGUUCUUACGUCACCUCAACUGAUGCGGACUUCAUGUCUCUUCCCACCUUUGACGAAUCUAUUCUGUCGGCGCUCCCUUACGAUCCAGGAUUUGUGCUGCGCACUUGUAAAGAGGUUUCUCAUCUUCGUGGCACUGUGUUCGUACUGAAAUUGCUUGGUAUGCACCAACAGGCGCUUCAGGAGGCCAUCGAUUCAAACGAUAUUUCUCUUGCUAAAGAGAUUGCACAGAACGAAUCCUUAAGCAGCGAAGUUCGGAGGCACCUGUGGCUAAAGAUUGCUCAGCAUGUCAUCGGUGACGGGACCGAUAUGCAAGAGGCCACCAACCUACUACGUGAAUGCCCUCUCCUGAAGUUGGAAGAUUUACUACCCUACUUCCACGAUUUUGUAACCAUCGAUCAGUUCAAGGAUGCUAUCUGCGCUUCCCUCGAUUCCUAUCAUCAGCGUAUUGAAGAGGUGAAACGUGACAUUCACGUCACCAUGCAAUGCAGCAACACACUUCGGAAACACCUGGAGAGUUUUCGGAACCAAUAUCACAAGGUGGACAUUGACAGCCGUUGUGCUCAUUGCAGCCAGCUGCUUCUCGUAAGAGCAUUUUAUCUGUUUCCCUGUGGGCACUACUUCCACGCCAACUGUUUGAUGGCACAGGUGGAACCACAUCUUUCAGCGGAAGAAAUGGCUGAAUUGGAUCGUUUGCUAAACGCUCAGCAAAUGAACAGCCAGGCGUCAUUGGCCGAUUUCCAGGAUAAGCUGGACCAGUUGGUCGCCGCUGAUUGUCCGAGCUGUGGUCGACAGGCCAUCGCCAAUGUGGCAAACUUAUUUUUCCCCAAUGAGGCUGCUUACAAGACGGAGCUAUCCAUAUGGCAGUAAGCAUUACGCCUGUGUUAUGCUGUCUGGAGCGCUGUAUACGCUGGGCUCAAUCUGGCCGAUCGGCAACGUCAUACUUUGGCAAAUGCGUGGAGAGAAUUGUGUAAUGACUGUACUCUGUGAUGCGCCUACUUUUUUUGAUUUUCCUGGAGUUGUUUUCUAAUACAUCUUUUUCGAACGGCUAGUUCUUUUGGGUUCUGUACUGUUUCGUACUCAUAGCUAACUGCAUGCCGAUGAUCAUGAUCAAUCAUUUUUCUAAAUUCGUUGCUGUGGAUCUCUCAACUUAUUAUCUCUGACUAGAAACCCUAUCAAACAGGUUCGAUAGCCAGUUUAAUGGCGCAUUUGAUAUCUCCGUCUCUCGCUCCAACCUUAAUCAUUCUUCUGAAACGUGACCCGUUGGUACACUCCUUCUUGAACGAUCUUUUUCUCUCCCCAUGAUCUCAACUAGAUGGAUCAGCUGUUUAUCCAUUGACGCUGAUGUUAUCUCCUUUUCUCCGUCAUGAGAUCAAACAGUUUUGUCGAUUCAAUCUCCCAUCUUAUGUAGCAGCUAUCUAGCCACCUUUUCAUUCAUUCUAACGCCAGUAGGUUAACCAUUUCCCUCGUUUUCUGUACUCGCUUGUGAUUGCUGAGCUUGCUUCCAAUGGACAUUACGCGUCGAUCAUCUCUUUUGAUUAUGCUGUAUUGUUGUAGAAUUAUUUUACAAUGGCGACCGGCCUGUUCGUUGUUCA